AUGUGCCAGCGGCGGUAUGCCAACGACGUCCUCAAGCGUUUCGGCAUGUAUGAGUGCAAGGCCACAGCAAGUUCGGUCGGUUUGAGCACUCGGCUUGUCGCAAGCAGGGAAUCGGCCAAGAUCAACGUUCCGUUUCGCAAAGCUGUUGGAUCUCCAAUGCACUUAACGACUGCGACGCGCCCGGAUAUCGCGUAUGCUGUGGGGUACUUCUCACACUUCAUGGAUAAUCCGCAGCAAGACUGUUGGACGGCGGAUCAUUCGUUAUUUUCAAGGGACCAAGUCGCGCGGACUCCGCUUCCAGCCAAGCGACAAGAUUGA